GCGUGGCUCAUGUAGUUCUAUGUUCUGCGAAGGGUUUAAGUCGCUGACAAGACAAUGCAAUCCAAACGUUUUUAAAUCGAGAAGCGCAUGAGGUUAAUAUUUUAGUUAUAUAACGGUUUGUCAGGGGAAGUAUUAGUACAGUAGGUUGUAUUUUAAUUAAUUCACUUUAUAUGCCGUAAUAAUGUCAACGUAACUAAUUUGGGAGUAGUCCUACCGGAUCUCUUGUACAGUAUUUCGCGGCACGCUCGGAGAAGGGUCUCAAUAAUAAUCGGCACGUAUGACAGAAGAGUAGCUUCUUCAGGUCAUGUUCCAUUAAUCACUAAAAUUAUGAGAAGAAUCAUAAUUGGAAUUUCAGGCAUCACAAAUGGUGGAAAAACCACAUUGGCUAACCGUCUUCACCAAUGUCUACCAAACAGUUUUUUACUUUGUCAGGAUGCUUUUUUUAAGGAUGAUUCAUUAGUGGCAGUUGACAGCAGAGGAUUUAAACAGUAUGACGUUAUAGAUGCACUGGAUAUGAAGAAUAUGAUGAGCCAGAUCAAUGCAUGGCAUAGGAACCCAAAGUCAUUUUUACACUCCCGUGAAAUGGACAGUUUGCUUUGCAAUACAGACAAAGUUUCAGUCUUGGAGAUCAAAGAUGAGACAUAUUUAUUGAUAAUUGAAGGAUUUCUUCUUUUUAAUUACAUGCCUUUAAAUGAACAGUUUAAUAAAAGGUAUUUCUUAUCAAUACCUUAUGAAGAAUGCAAGAAAAGAAGAAGUACAAGAGUAUAUGUACCACCAGAUCCCCCUGGAUAUUUUGACGGGCAUGUGUGGCCCAUGUAUUUGAAAAACAGAAAAGAAAUGGAAGAUAACGUCUCAGACAUAGUGUAUUUGGAUGGAAUGAAGACAAGAGAUGAAUUGUUUGCCGUUGUAAUGGAUAAUAUACACGCAGUGCUACAAAACUUGAAAGUGUUGCCCAGCUUGAAAUCCUGAGUCCUACCAUCUCCCAUGAAGUAUUACAGUUAAAACAGUUUUGCUCCUAAUAAUCUUCUAAAAACCGGAGACCUCUAAUUCUUAUAUUCAGUGCCAAAGGAAGUUAUUUUAUCUGUUAAAUGUCACACUAUGGCCUAAUUCAUAGAAGUAAUUAUGAACAGAUAAUUGCUGAAGAAGUCAUAUUCCAGUUUUCACAUUUAUUCACCAAAUUCAGAAAUGGCAAGUAAUUUUUGUUUUGCUUUUCUAAGACAUUGCUAUACCUAUCUACAAUAUAAAAUAAAAAGACACCUAUCAAUUCAUCCCAACUUA